AGCGGGCGCGCGCUGUUUCCGGAAGUCGCCGCCGCUGUCUCCGCUGCUGCUACCUCCGCGGUCGCCGCGGAACUUUGCGAGUAGGACGGCUGAGGCGGGCUCGGGCGGGGCCGGGGCUCCGGCCACGCUGCAGCAUGGAGAUAAUCAGAAGCAAUUUUAAGAGUAAUCUUCACAAAGUGUACCAGGCCAUAGAGGAGGCGGACUUCUUCGCCAUCGAUGGGGAGUUUUCAGGAAUUAGUGAUGGACCCUCAGUCACUGCUUUAACGAAUGGUUUUGACACUCCAGAAGAAAGGUAUCAGAAGCUUAAAAAGCAUUCCAUGGACUUUUUGCUGUUUCAGUUUGGCCUUUGCACUUUUAAGUAUGAUGACACAGAUUCAAAGUAUAUAACGAAGUCAUUUAACUUCUAUGUUUUCCCAAAACCCUUCAAUAGAUCCUCACCAGAUGUCAAAUUUGUCUGUCAGAGCUCCAGCAUCGACUUUCUAGCAAGCCAAGGAUUUGAUUUUAAUAAAGUUUUUCACAAUGGAAUUCCAUAUUUGAAUCAGGAAGAAGAAAGGCAGUUAAGAGAGCAAUAUGAUGAAAAACGUUCACAGGCCAAUGGUGCAGGAGUGCUGGCAUAUGUGUCUCCUAACACUUCAAAAUGUCCUGUGACGAUUCCUGAGGAUCAGAAGAAGUUUAUUGACCAAGUGGUAGAUAAAAUAGAAGAUUUAUUACAAAAUGAAGAAAACAAGAACUUGGAUUUAGAGCCGUGUACUGGGUUCCAAAGAAAACUAAUUUAUCAGACUUUGAACUGGAAGUAUCCCAAAGGCAUUCAUGUUGAGACUUUAGAAACGGAAAAGAAGGAGCGAUACAUAGUUAUCAGCAAAGUAGAUGAAGAAGAACGCAAAAGGAGAGAGCAGCAGAAACACGCUAAAGAACAGGAGGAACUCAAUGACGCUGUGGGAUUUUCUAGAGUCAUUCAUGCCAUUGCUAAUUCGGGAAAACUUGUUAUCGGACAUAAUAUGCUCUUGGAUGUCAUGCAUACAGUUCAUCAGUUUUACUGUCCUCUACCUACGGACUUAAAUGAGUUUAAAGAGAUGACAACAUGUGUAUUCCCCAGACUCUUGGAUACUAAAUUGAUGGCCAGUACACAACCUUUUAAGGAUAUCAUUAACAACACAUCCCUUGCAGAGUUGGAAAAGCGGUUAAAAGAGACACCUUUCAGCCCACCUAAAGUUGAAAGUGCAGAAGGUUUUCCAAGUUAUGACACAGCUUCUGAACAACUCCAUGAGGCAGGCUAUGAUGCUUAUAUCACAGGACUGUGCUUCAUCUCUAUGGCAAAUUACCUAGGUUCUUUUCUUAGUCCUCCAAAAAUUCAUGUGUCUGCCAGAUCAAAACUCAUUGAACCUUUUUUCAACAAGUAAGUAAUCAAGAGGGUC